CGUAAAACCUUACCUCGUCUUUACACUCUCUCCAGUCUUUCGUUUCGUAGAAACAGUCUCUCAAUUUCUCAUUCUCGGCUGCUGGAGAUUAGCGGAGAUUUUGACCGAAGGACAAUACGGCCUUACCAGCACACCCGGUGUUCAAAAUCGUCUGGUCCCUGUUCCCGUAUCUCGUCAGAACCGAUUCACGAAGUCCAAUAGCGAACCUCACCAUUCAUCGGGUUCGUCAUCAUCGAUCGGCUCUGGAGCCUUAUCUUUGGGUGGACGAGAUAUCAUUAUUUGUUUUGCCGUGGAGUCGGGAUUUGUCGACGCAAAGUCUGUAAUUUGUUGAAGAAAAAUUGCUACGGAGAGUCCAUGUUUGAGGUGGUCCCGAUAUAAGACCACCAAGAUCCUAAGAGCCAAUACGCCGCAUUUUUGACGUUAUAGACAUGUCGAACAAGAAAAUUGACGUCCUUGUCUAUUCUGGCAACGGAAGCACCGUGGAAAGUGUUCGGCACUGCGUCUAUUCCCUCCGACGCCUGCUAUCGCCUCACUAUGCCGUCAUUCCCGUCACCGGAGAUGUGCUGGUUAAAGAACCAUGGAUGAGCUCCUGUGCUCUGCUUGUCAUUCCGGGCGGAGCAGACGCUGCCUAUUGUCGAACCCUGGAUGGGGAGGGGAACCGGCGGAUCAAGCGAUACGUUCAAGGCGGGGGAGCCUAUCUUGGUUUCUGCGCUGGCGGAUACUACGGAAGCAAGAGAUGCGAGUUUGAAGUGGGUUCGAAGCGCAUGGAGGUGAUUGGUGACCGGGAGCUGGCCUUUUUCCCUGGCAUCUGCAGAGGAUUGGCUUUCCCCGGGUUUGUCUACAACAGCGAGGCUGGAGCAAGAGCUGUCGAGCUUUCCGUAAACUCUGAAGCACUUGGAUCCGACUCGGGACUCUCAAAAACUUUCAGAUCAUAUUACAAUGGGGGCGGAGUCUUUGUGGACGCACAAGAACUUGUGGGAAAGGGUGUUGAGGUCCUCGCCUCAUAUACUGAGCCCCUAAAGGUCGAUUCCGGUGAAGGGGCCGCUGCGGUGAUAUUCUGCAAGUCUGGGAGCGGACGAAUAAUCCUCACCGGACCACACCCUGAGUUUGCUGGAAUCAAUUUGAGCAAGCGAGACGACCUUCCCGAAUAUUCCAAGGCCAUCGAUGCCAUCACAGCUGAUGACGCUCCUCGAGUCGCGUUCCUCCGGGCAUGUUUAAGAAAGUUGGGUCUUGAAGUCAACAGCGAGAACCAUUCGGUACCGUCCCUUUCCAGACUUCACCUCUCUAGCUUUGACCCUUCCACUGUCUCUACGCUCCUCUCGGAGUGGUCCGGGAUUAUUUCAAAGGAGGGCAAGGUAGAUACGAUCCGCUGCGAGAUGGACACGUUCCGUCUUGAAUAUAGCGGGACCUGGGAUCUAUCUGCCAUUACAUCUUCAGUCAAGUCGAUUGUUGGCGAUUCAGAGGACCGUACUGACGAGCCCCUCGCAUCGGAUGAUAGGAUUCUCGAUUAUGAGAAGCUCGUCAAACGUAUUGCUAUCCACGAGUCCGACCUACCGUCGAAUAAAGAGACCCCGUACUUCAGCCACCACGGCUUCUUCUCUGCUCUGCGCCAGUAUGCAUCGCAAUCUCGCGUCGAAGGCAACUUUGGCAAAUGCCUUCUUUAUGGCGAGGUUGUAACAAGCACGAGCACUUUGCUGGAGAAGAAUGUGAAGCUGUUGAAUCACCUACCACACGGGUUCACUGCCACCGCAACGACACAAGUUGCAGGACGCGGGCGAGGGUCAAAUGUAUGGGUAACACCACCAGGUGCACUGAUGUUUAGUACCGUUAUUAGACAUCCACUGAAAUCGCUCAACACUUCCCCUGUGGUAUUUAUUCAGUACCUUGCGGCACUGGCAAUUGUCGACGGCAUUAAAUCCUAUGGUCCGGGUUAUUCCAAGUUGCCAAUCAAACUCAAGUGGCCCAACGAUGUAUAUGCACUUCGACCUGAGUUCGCUUCGAGUGGAAAGACCGAGGAUAGAAACUCAUAUGCUAAGAUCGCUGGCAUUCUUGUCAAUUCCUCCUACGCGGGAGGAGACUUCACAUUGGUUGUUGGUAUUGGCGUCAAUGUUGCGAAUGCCUUACCGACUACUGCCCUCAAUCUGCUCGCCAAAGCUGCCGGACUCCGCCCAUUUAGUUCCGAAAGUCUCCUCGCGAGCAUUUUGGCGAAAUUUGAGAACAUCUAUCAGAAAUUUUGUCGGACCGGAUGGGACGCAAAUAUGGAGGAGGAUUACUACAAGAAAUGGCUCCAUACCGACCAAAUCGUGACCAUAGAAAGCGAAGGAGGUCUCAGAGCACGAGUGAAAGGCAUCACGCGAGAUUGGGGCCUUUUAGUGGCGGAAGAGCUGGGUUACAAUGACAUCCCUACCGGCAAGAAGUGGCAGUUACAAAGCGACAGCAACAGUUUCGACUUCUUCAAAGGGUUGCUGAAGAGAAAGAUUUAGGAAACGCUGUCCGAAUAGUCGGGUUCGGUUCGAAAUUUGUUUAACUUCAAACCACAGCCAGCUGCACAGCAGCCAGCAAAUCGUCCUUGGACUUUUAUACACCACCACUGGACUGGAUUGACCUCUCCUGCACAAGUACUUCGCUGACAUACGUCCGCCUCAUACACCCACUCUUUACGGCCGAGCAUCUGCACGCAAUGGUCGCAAUC